AUGACACAGCUUUUUUUCUUUUGUUUUUUUGCUAUUGCUGAGUGCUAUAUGCUGACUGUCGUGGCCUAUGACAGAUAUGUAACUAUCUGUAGUCCAUUGCUCUACAAUGUCAUGUUGGUGACUGGGAUCUAUAUUAUGACAACUUUUGGAUCUAUGGCAUACACUAUCUCAACGAUCAGGCUUUUCUUCAGUAGUGACAAUGUCAUCUACCUUUACUUCUGUGACAUACCUCCUCUUCUAAAGCUAUCCUGCUCUAGUACCUACAUCAAUGCACUCCUGUUGAUACUUGUAGGUGGAUUCAAUAUGUUUGAAACAUCUGUGGCCAUCAUGAUAUCUUAUGCCUUCAUAAUUUUCAACAUUUAUGGAAUAUGUUCACCAGAGAGCAGUUUUAAAGCAUUUAGUACCUGUGGCUCUUAACUUCCAACUGUUUUUUGUUUGUUUGUUUUUAAUGGAUCCACUAUACUCAUGUAUUUUAAGCCAGCAACUAGCAACAACAUGGCCCAGGAGAACGUGGCUUCUGUGCUGUAUACUACGGUAAUCCCUGUGCUGAACCCUUUGAUCUACUGCUUGAGGAAUAAGGAUGUAAAGGAUGUGCUGAGCAGAGUCAUGCGUAAGGUAUGGAUCACCUCUGGGCUGUAGUCUGAACCACUGAAAGUCACAGUAGUAGUCUGUUUCUUCUUUUUUCCUAAAGCUAACUUCUCUUUUUAUUCCUUAAAAUUAGC